GCCUUUUUUUCAAAAUAGCGCGCAGCAAUAAAAAAAAAACAGAUAAGGUUGUUGAUGGUUGAGAUUCUCAAUUUUGCAUGUUUGAGAUUUUGAGAAAAAUAAUCUUAAAUUCGUGUUACGCAUAAUUCUUUUUCGUUUCCAAUAAUUAAUUAGUGAAAACAGUGAAAACUAUGGCCGACGAAAGUGAACAAUCUAUUUCCGCUACCGUUAAAGAACCGGUUGAUUUAAUCAAACUGAGUUUAGAUGAAAGAAUAUACGUGAAAAUGAAAAACGAUCGAGAGAUAACCGGCAGACUGCAUGCUUAUGAUCAACAUUUAAAUAUGGUAUUAGGAGAUGUUGAAGAAACCAUCACCACUGUGGAAAUCGACGAAGAAACUUACGAAGAAGUGUACAAAACUACCAAACGUAAUAUUCCUAUGUUAUUUGUUCGAGGCGACGGAGUUAUCUUAGUUUCCCCACCCCUGCGUACUACCGGUAGCAUAUAAAAUCAAAUUCAUUUUAUGCUAGAAAAUAAAAACACAUUUUUCGACAAAAUCGUAAUAAUAUUGCUGGAUUUUGACAUUUCUUUAUGUGUAUGUACAGGCAUAAGUUGUUCCAUUUUCAUAUAUUUAUGCGUGUAUUGGCAAUGUCGUGAUCAAUGUUUGGCAUUUUUUUUCAGCAGAAAAUGCACAACACUAAUGUUUGUUCUAGAUGAAAAUGUCGAAAUCGAUUUUGUAUAAAAAUAAACAUAAGUAUAUCGAAAAAAUAUAAUUUUUUAAAACAAUA